AUCGGAGGCUAUCAACUGCGCCUGCGCUGGCUUGGGCAGGUUGGUUCACGCCUGGUUACCUGGAGCGCGGAGGCCACAGGAAGCAGGGUAAACCCUCCAAGAGAUUUUUAAAGAAAUCUCUUAUGUCGUUUCUUAAAGACCGCCUUGGCAACUAUGGGUGAAUACAGUCGGUUUAUAGAUUGGGACAAAAUGGAUGCUACAAUCCAGGAUCAAGAUGCAAAGGAACUGACCAGCACAGAAUUCCAGGACCUGAAACAACUGGCUCGCCAAGGAUACUGGGCCAAGAACCACUCUUUAAGAGCAAAAGUAUAUCAUAAGUUGAUCAGUGAUAUCCCUUGCCGCACUGUGACACCAGAUGCUCAUGUCUACCGAGACAUUGUAGUAAAAAUUUUGGGCAAACGAAACAGCAGCACUCUUCCCCUUCCGGAAUUUGUAGACAACAGCUUGGUUCCCACAUACUGCCUGAAUGCUGAGGGCAUUGGGGCCGUCAGGAAGAUCAUCUCAUGCAUUGCAAGCCAGUUCCCGGACAUCUCAUUCUGCCCAGCUCUGCCUUCUGUAGUGGCGCUCCUCCUUCACUACAGCAGGGAUGAAGCAGAAUGCUUUGAAAAGGUUUGCCGCAUCCUUGCCUGCAAUGACCCAUCCAAGCACUUCAUUGAUCAGACCUUCUUGGCUUUUGAGUCAUCUUGCAUGACAUUUGGAGACCUGGUUAAUAAGUACUGCCAGGCAGCUCAUAAACUUAUGGUGGCAGUCUCAGAAGAUGUACUAGAGGUCUAUUCUGACUGGCACCGGUGGCUUUUUGGAGAACUGCCUCUGAUUUACAUCGCCCGUGUCUUCGAUGUGUUCUUGGUAGAAGGUUACAAGGUGCUCUACCGUGUUGCGCUGGCUCUCCUCAAAUUCUUUCACAAAGUCAGAGUUGGGCAGACCCUGGAAUCAGAAAAUAUACAGCAGGACAUCCGAGCAUUUGUGAGGGACAUUGCAAAGUCGGUGUCUCCUGAAAAACUGCUGGAGAAAGCUUUCGCAAUCCGUCUCUUUUCACGGAAGGAGAUCCAGCUUUUGCAAAUGGCCAACGAGAAGGCUCUUCAGCAGAAGGGCAUAACAGUAAAACAGAAAAGCAGUGCGUCCCCGGAAAGGCAGAAUGUCCACUUGGCUGUUCAUGCUGAGAACUUCAAGUCUGAAAUUGUUGAUGUAAAGAAGAUGAGGGACAUCUGGUCAUGGAUUCCUGAGCGCUUUGCACUUUGCCAGCCUCUACUGCUCUUCACCACCUCAGAGCAUGGCUGCAGCCUAAACAGGUUUUACUCGCAUUGUGAGGGGCAUGAACCAACUCUCCUUUUGAUUAAAACAACUCUGCAAGAGGUCUGUGGGGCUUAUUUAUCAACCGACUGGAGCGAACGGAGGCGAGGAGGAAGCAAGCUAAGUUUCUUUGGGACAGGAGAAUGUUUUGUGUUCAGGCUGGUGCCUGAAGUGGAACGCUAUGAGUGGGUAAUAAUCAAGCACCCAGAACUCUCCACGACUGGAUCUGAACAAGGGAACAAUUCUUCGCAGAUUUCUGACUCCGCGUCCACAACCAGCCUCCCCUCAGAUCCUUCCAGUCGCCUUUCCCCCUUCCUUUCAGCCCGGCACUUCAACCUGCCUUCCAAAGCAGCUUCCAUGUUUAUGGCUGGUAGCGCUGAAUGCAUCAUCGUAGGUGGUGGUGAUGGUCAAGCCUUCUACAUUGAUGCAGAUUUGAAUCACGGAAGAACAGGUCCCUGCAAUACUUUCAACAAUCAGCCAUUGUGCUCUGAAAAUUUCCAGAUAGCUAUCAUGGAAGUUUGGGGGUUCAGGGACACUAUGAGCAGCUGAAAAUGUUGCCUCCUUCAAAAAUAACUAGCCCAUGAAGUAUUUUAAGUUUCUGUGCCCAUUUCCAGCUGCAGGAACCAAGCUACCAUUUGAAUCCACAAAAUUAAGCUUCUUUGUUCUUUAAAAAGCUAAUUUGAAGUGCUAAGGUAAGUCCCAGUUGUUUGGUCACUGUGUUCUUUGUAUGCAAUUCCAUGAGGUCUAAGUGAUCCAUCUUUAGUCUCUUUCUGCUGUAUUGAGUUUGAUGCAUACCGUGAUAUUUUUGGUGGUGAGGUCUUACAUCACCCCCCAGUUGAUCUAUAACUCUGUCAGUAUUGCCAUCAACUGGUGCCUGGAGGCACUCAGAUGUUUUUUCAGAUCUUGGCAGAUGUGGGUUUAACAGCUGGCUUUAACCAGCAAGUCUCAUUUCUUAUAAAGAUGAGUUUUCAUCCAAAGAGAGCUAUCUGUAAUCAUAAUCAAUCAGAUUAUGUUGCUGAUUUCUUUUCACUCUUCUCCCAUUCUGGCCCUCUGUGUAUUACCUUGUUCUAGAGAUUCCCUGAUCCUCAAGGAGCUACAAUAUGUGGGAAAGAUUUUAUCACGUAGCAUGUAGACCUUUAGAUCCAAUCCAUUAUUUUCAGGGACUUAUUUUCUUAAAUCUAUAUAACCCCCUGCUUUUUUGUGCUGCAUGCAGAUGUGUGAUCCACCUGGCUGCUGUUCUGACAGCUAACUUUUACUGAUCAUUCCAAUAUGUGGGAAAUAUCAUUCAGGAGUCUUAAUUAAUUUUCAUUCUGCUGUGGCACUGAUCUGUAGAAGUUGAGAGAACCUCCUGCCAUCUUCACCUGUUUCUGUUUACAUUCCCAAUACCGCACAUCAGUCAUAUCAUUAUUUUAAUUAAUAGGUUCAGGCUGCUGAAGUCCAAUGCAAUAUAUACAGUCCAUAGAAAUAUCACCCCCCCCUUCCAGCCUUAGUCCAGAACUAUUAUUUGUCCCCUCUUCCAAACUAUCCUUAUGCAUUUGUGCUUAGAGAAGCAGUAUUUCCAAAGCAGUAUUAGCCAUCUGACCUGAAACAUUCAGUGCAGAGUAAAGCCAUAAUUGAUUUGUAAAUAAACCAACCAUUUCUCUGAUUUCUCCAUUAAUUAGGACUGGGUGAUUUCUCCAGGCCUGCUGUUUUUACAGUAACAUGACAGCUGUUCAGCUAUUUUUGAUAUCUUACAUGCAGCUGUUAUUUGUUCUUUAUCAGUCACACAAGUAGUGCCAGCUGCUUAUUGGGUAAGCAAGGAAGGAUCAAUUGACUAUGGCUGCUUCAUUUAAAGAAUGAAAGAUGAAGCUCUUUUUAUGUCUUGAUACAUACCCACCGUCUACACAGUGAAGCGGGCAACUUGCAGGCUUUGGGGCUUGCUUUCUCCGUUGGAUAUUACCUUAAGCAUUUAAUUUAAUCAUGCCCUUUCUAAAAGUAGACAUGGCCUGCAGAGGUAAAUAGGACAAAGACGGUUUCAGACAUAUUUAAAAGCAGUAGAAAACUGCAUUGUAACUCAAGAGCUAUAGCAGAACUUACUUGUCCCUUGACCUUUAGAAGGCUAUGGGAAUUCACAGCUGGAAGCCACUGCAUGAGAUCUUCUGUGUGAGCCACUUGCUUCUAAUAGUGAUAUUUCUCUGCAAUAGUAUCUCUCUUCUUUGAAUUAAAAGUGAUUAUUCUUCUAGCUCCCUCCUCUUUUUUCCCCAAACCUACAGACAUAUUGGAAUAAAAUUCAGGAGGAGCUUUCAAGGCACUUGUGAACAACUUCAGAAUAUCCUGUUCAGGCUGUUUAGGAAGGGGAAAGUCCAGCCCACAAAGGGGAGCACCUGCGACUGUGCCUCGGGAGCUAGUAAAUGUCAUUAGUUUGUCAGUUAAAGUUACAUAAAAACUGAAAUGGGUGUUAAAAGAAUAUCCACACCAAAGCGAAGCAAAGCCGUGACAGUUCUUUGGAAAUGUGAUUUGCUGCCUCCGUAAGAGUCCUGCUCAGAGACUUGAGGUUAUGAAAACAGUUUUGUAAAUAGCCCAGACUUGUAAUGUUUCCCAAUCAUUGUUGUACCUUUUUCAUCACAAUAUUGUAUAAUGAAGUCCAGACCCCAUGAUAAGCAUUCCAGUCAUUCUAUGUCUUAAUGUAUUGCAAUUUUGAUGGUUGGAACAGAGCCUUCUUAACAUUUCAUCUAAGUGAUAUCUUGAGAGAGAAGCACUCUGCAUUGCACACUGGAUAGCAGCCCCCCCCCCCCCAAGCUGAAGACGGCAGAUGUAAUUCAUGGUGUGAUGCUAAGCAGAGCUAGAAAUAUCUUCCAAGCCUUUUUUUUUUUUAAAGGGGAGAGGCAGUUUUCUAACCUGCAAUGAGCUUAGUGCUCAAAUCCUCUUGGAAACUUACUGAAAACCAUGCACUGUUGUUGCUAUAGGGCAUAUUUUCCCUUGGAGAGUUAAAUACCUUAACAAAGUGUUUGAAUGUAAACAAAAUUUUAACAUGCAAAGAAUGCAAUGGGUUGUCGAUGCCGUAAUUAGGGUGAGAGAAUAAAGAAUAGCACCUGCGGUUCUUUCACACAGAAGUAAAUUCUUCCUGGCUUUGGAAAUGAAUGCCUUAGUUUUCCUCUGAACUCUUGACUUUUUCCCCUUUGCAGCCACAAUCCUAAUGUUGUAGGAUGCUGCAAGCAGGCAAAGAUUUUGUUCUCACCUGCGGCUGGGGCUGAGAUGCUUGUUACAGGUGUAUCUCUGGAAGCCGAGGAAGAUAAACUUCAAGCCAGAAGGCAACAGUUGCCUCUUUAUCUUCCUUUUGGUGCCGUGCAUCUUAAUUUUUGAGCUGGGUGCUCUACCUGGGUGUACUGAAUAUGUGUGAAUGUGCAGAUUUCACUUCUGAUGGUGUUUUUCUCCCCAGAGACAUUUGUAAUUUUCUUGCCCUGAUAACUUUCCCUAUUUCAUAACUUACAUCUCCCCUUCGUCCAGUUGUGAUGGGCUAUGUCUGUAUAAGCAUGUGAAUCCGUGAUGGUGCAGAAGUCCCACUGAUUUUAUUGUAAAAAUAAACUGAA